AGGUGCCUCUAUAUACACGCUUGAACCGAGAAAGUUUGGAAUUCCAGCCCGAACGCAAAUUGAGAGGACGAAAACCCUAGCGGCGUGCGUGAAGUAUUUCGUGUUUCAGCUCGUACGAAAACUUGCGUUGCGAAUCACUUCUCUUCAGUUGAAACCGGGCUAUUUGAAACUCUGUAUCAAAUGGAGGAUCAUUUUGAUUCUGAAGAUCUUAAUCUGGUAAAAAAAAGAAAAAAAGAUCACUAUCAGGUCGAGGAUAAGGUCGUUGCUCAUGUAAGGCAUGAGCAAUGUGAUCUACCAGUAACUUUACAAUUUCAAUGGUGUCAAAUGGAGGUACAUUUUGACAUUGAAGAUCUCCAUCGGGUCAAGGAUAAGAUUCUUGCUCAUUUAAGGCAUGAGCUAGGUGAUCUACCAGCAGGUGUAGAAGUUCGAGGGUGCCGUAUUUCAAAGUUUGAUGAUGAAGACAAAGCAUGGAUGGUCCGUGACAUAUUAUUGACAAUGCUUGGUCACUUUGGACCAUACGUGCCACCUCCAUUUCAAGUGGAAGCAGAUUCUUCAUGGUAUAUUUCCUUCAUAACGGAAGGUGUUCUUUUCAAACCAUCCAGGGAAAAACUCUAUAAAUCAUUUACACUUUACGAUGACGGACACGUCUUUUUCCCAUCUAACUCCUAUAAAAGCAUCUUAAGGGAGAUAAUUGCAUCUGUUUGGCGCUUGAGUGGUACACAAUUGCGUUGUCGCAUAUCUCUGGAGAAUAUUUACAUAGUGAAGCAUGAUGGCAUCGUGUGGAAUCGUGCUACUUAUGCCAAGUUUUUGAGAUUUGACCUGCAAGAGCAUAUAAUGGAUGACAAAGUUGAAGUGCGUGAAAAAUUGAGGAAACUUUUUGAGGAGAUCAAUAGCAAAUGCAAUGUUGAUGAUGGUUCAAAAGCUGAGUUUGAUCUUUUUUUGAAGAAUUUCUCUCUGGAUCAUCCAUUGGAUGUGUAUGACAACGUUUUCUUUUGGAAAAAGUAUCAGCGUAUGAAUUUCAUUGAUCGCAUACUUGAACUCUCUCGGUCGGGAAAUAUUGUGAUCUAUGGGGAUGAGACUAAAGAUGCUUUUGAGGAGGAUUGGGAGUCUAAAUUGAGGAGUCAUCCUGAUAUUCCAUUAUUUCUCGAGCUGAAUAGACGUUUUACUAAACCAAGCAGCUUUGAUGAUACAAGAGGGGCGCCAGACGCCAGUAUGAAGAAAUGUAUUGAAACCAUCAGGGACUUGUACUUUAAUUUUGAAUGUUUGAAACAACAGUUGGAGGAUAUGGGGGUCAAACCCAAACUUCUUCAAGAUGCUGAGCAAGUUGUGGAUUACAUCCAUUACAUCUUUCCGUACCUCAUUGGUGCAUUAGCUGAACGAGCAUUUGCAAUGGAGUGGCCUUUGAAUAUGUCAUUUGAACCAAAGUUAGUAUUGGGCUUAUUUUGAUUGAAUUUGUCUUGGAGUAUCAUCCUUCUUUUGGUUGGUAGAUUCCUUUCCUUAAUGCACUGGGAGUUGAGUACGGACUCACAGCUUCUUGUUUGAGCAUGUAGUCCCAAAUUUAAUGUUAAAACAUUUGUCCUCUCUGUUCACUGCGAUCUUUUUUGCCAGUUAUAUAUAAUAUAUACACAUGAAUAAUGGGAAUGUGUAUGUUGUCUUCA